AUGCUCGGCCGUUUGCUGAGUACUUUCAGUACCGGCUCGUACGGCUCACGAAAUCCUGCUGUUCUUGAGUCCGUCACCGAGGAAGAGCACACAUCCGGACUUCUAUUCCCUGACCCUCGGUCACUCCACCGAUCCUCCAAUUCCGCACAUGCUUUUCAGACAAGCUUUAAUUCUCCUAAUGCCUCGAGCGCUGGUGGUUACGAUGACCGCGGUGGACUUGAUCUGGAUGCAAUCAAGGAUUUUCGGAUCAUAAUUGCGCAGAAUGCUAUUGGAGAUCGGGAUGACCCGUGUAUACUGCUUGACUCGAGGGGAACCCCUGCUUCUUCCACUCAGGGCUUGGGAUUAGACCCCCAGGUCUUCGACUCACUAGGUGGCCGACACUCGCGAACGUCAAGUUUGUCGCAGGCUUCGCUUUCCCGUAGAGGGUCCAUACAGACAAAUCAGUCUCCUCUUAUCGAGGCGGGCUCACUCGCACAAGCUGCUAGCGCAAGAAAGGUCACCUCGCCUUUGACUGGAGGAGCUUUUAGUCGCGCCCGCGGCCGAAGCUCUAUCAGUUCAGUUAUCUCUCCCGGCGAAGGCAUUCUCGAACCAUAUCACAAUCGAAUCGUCCCGGAGAGCAGUGAUAGCGGGUUGCUCAAUUGCAUAUUUGGAAGUAGUGCAUUUAGUUACAGAGGGUCCUCAACUAAAAUGCACAUUCUGUCGACGGACUCAGGGUCUGAGGGUACUCUAGCAUCUUCGCCUGCCCCUCGUGAAGUCGAUACGCUUGCCAGUCGACAUAAACCCCGCAAUCCCCUUGCACGGACAUAUUCUUCAGGAACGCAACCGCAAGUGGGAUAUUUCUUGCCGCAAGAAAACAAGUCUUCAUCUCGUGUUACUAUCCUCAUUACCAGGAUGUUUAGCGUCAAUCUGCCAGAGUCUCGCGACCCAUCGGUAGAGCCCUCUGACCCGCCUAGCUCGCUACCCAUCGAAGGGAUGCCAGAAUCUGGGUUUCCCUUUCCUGACCUUACUAGACGCCGCAAAGUGAAGGAAAAGAAAACACCCAUGUAUGCAGUUGCCAUCACUAUCCAAAUACCCUUAGCAGCACGAAAUAAUGGCCGACCAAUGUCACGACUCAGCACUCAUGUACCUGAGGGCCAGAAACAGAUGUCUUUCUCUUUAGAUUCAGACCCACAUUGGAGCAGCGCAUUCCUCGACGACAACUCUUCACAAAAUGCGAACCUAGACGAUAGAAUUGAUCUCCUGGUGGACCGCUGGGAUGUGAUUACUCGGACCUUGACGUAUCUGGAAAAGUUAGCUCGACAGGAGAUAUUGAUAUUGCUAAAGAAGGUUGAAGCUCAAACAGCCAAUGCACCAAAGCCUCUGAAGCCGCCAAAUAUGCAAAGAACCAAUCAAACCAUUAUUCAACUUCGCCCAAAUGUUCUUGCGCACAACAGCAAACUUAAAGAAGAGUUACUCUUGAACGCGCAGAGAAUCUCGGCAGCUCUGCGGAUACCACGCGUUAUCCUUGGCCAGAGCAGAUGGGGUGUAUGGCGCGAAGAGGCCCGCUGGAUAGCUCGCCUUAUGGCUGAUAAAGAACAUGGACUGUUCUUCCUCGUUCUCAUUACAGCUUUUUUGGGUAAUCACACUGAGUGGCUCAAUGCGAUUGGCCCUGAAUGGUACCGAAGGCGUCAUCAAAUGCAACAAAAAGCGCAGCAAGAUUCCGAGCCAACGAUUGCUAAUCGCACGGUCAUCAUAUCCGAUAACAAGAUGGUUGCGAGACGCCUAAUCUUCAUUCUGUCUGCCUUUUUACCUGCUAAGCAUCGCGUCGAUUUUAUGAACUCGCCCCUGCGUCCGGGCACGUCCACUUCGGCUCGACCACUUUCGCAGAGCCCGCCAACUUUUCCUCUACUACGACAGGAAUCUCUUCGUCGCAGAAUCAACAGACGAGCACAAGCUCAGAGGUUCAACGCAGAGGAAAUUGCGCCUCAUCAAAGAUCCAUUAGCGUGUCAUCCAGUGAGACUACUCACAAGGCGUCCGAUGAGCCGGAGAGCGUCUUGCCCAGUGAGCAGGUGUAUGCACAUAAUCGAAGAGGCUCUGACGUUCGAUCUAUCCGUACCCUGGGUUUACCAAUAAGUGCGAAUGAAGCCCGCACACGAGCUACAACGUCAACGACAACCAAUGAUACAGCAGUUCCUGUCGCUUAUUUUGCGUCUCGGCAGCAACCUUUACGCGGCCAUGCGAACCUAACUAGUGCUGAUGAAACCGAUAGUUAUGCUUCGGCUAAGCUACUACAAAACCUACGCCGGAGCGAAACGUCUAGCACCAAUUCCAAUGGAAGCAAUCCCGCGGCUGGUGGAAAGUGGGUUAACAGCCUCAUCUCCGGACUCUGGUCUGGAAGAUCAGAUUCCAUUGGAGAACCUGACAAAAUCACUUCGAGUCGCCGAAGCUCCGUAGCCCAGCGUGCAGCGGGUCGUCGUCUUUCGGAAGUACUGGUUGAUGACGACGAUGACAACCAAGAAAAUUUGCAAUCCGAGCCAUUGACCUCGGGCAUACCAGCGAAGCCGUCUUCCGCAACUGAAACUAUUUCUAUUCCUCACUCUUCAGCUAGUGCAAGACUUUCUCUUGACCAAAACGAACCGGAAAUGGUCCCCACAGAACAUGUCAAGGAGUCGCCAUUGAAGCUUUCAGUUCAGGGCGAUGACGGCGUGGUUGACGUCGAUCUUCCAUUACGCGGCUUUUUGUCGUUGUCUUCUUCGAACGACUCUACUAUUGCAUCUCCGAAGAAGGCGCGAACUUCCAUCACAAGCAUGGAUGCGUCAGGCUCGAUACAUAGUAGCUUUUCUAACAUGAACUCAGGACUUCGAGAUGGCGAGGGCUCAAAUUUGAAUGUUGCUGGGUGGCUCAAAAACUUCCAUGAAGAUUUCCUGCUUCAGGCCGUCAGACCGUAUCACGGCAUCGAGGCUGAUGUCAAGCGUGCCAUGCUAGGAGAACCAUAUUCGCACGCAUCUGCUGCCGGUAUGGACCCUGAGAGUGUGAACAUCACCGAUCGAUGGGUGGAGGUUGCUAGCACUCUUACUGCCGACACGCGAACUUUUACGGUCAAACGAUUGCGUCUUCUACGUCGAGGUAUCACUAAUUAUGCUGCCAGCUUGGGUAGCGGUGACACUAGUACUCCCCCGCUCCUCACACCUCGGCAAACAUCCGACAAUGUAUCCUCUACAUCUCACCUGACCGGCUUCUUUAAUGGAAGACAGAAGAAUUCCUCUGCAGCGCUUACCGACCUCGUUGAUCCCAAUGACACAGAGUACAAAUUCAUCGAAGAGCCCGUCAUGGAUGUUGACGGAACAUUGGUUGACGCAGUUGAACGAGUUCUCGUACAAAGUGGACAGUCAUCAUUGGCACACUCAAGGUCAGCAUCGCCUCAUAGAAACGGGCGGUCCGAUGAACGACCGUCUGAUGAGCCCCCGCACGCCCACACCGUCGAGGUGCCGCGAAACGAGUGUCGUAAGACUGUCCUCGGUGCCCUUGAAGAAGUCGCUCGUAGCGUCACAGAAAUCCACUGCCGCGAAGAAGGCGACUCUGAGUUCAUGGGCAAUGACGAAACCACCGACAAGGAUGGAAAGCGCCGUCCUACUGUCAUCCAGGAUAACACUCUCCGCGAGGGAGUCCGAAAAUGGCUCCUUGAUAUCGAGGAAGCCCUCUAG